GCUCCAGGAACGGAACCCGGGGCGUGGGAACGAAAAGCAGCAGCGCCCCGCUUCCCAGCCGGACACCCUCGUGCAGCGCCCCGGGCCGGAAGCCACCUUGCCGCCGCUUCCUCACGCGAAGGUGUGGCUCGGGCUGGCGCUCUAGCCCGAUGGGCGGUUGAGCCCGCGGCGCCAUGGCGCACGUCGGCUCUCGCAAGCGCUCGCGGAGUCGCAGCCGGUCCCGCGGGCGAGGGUCGGAAAGGAGGAGGAAGAAGAGUAGUAAGGACGCUUCGAAGAACUGUUCAGCCUCUGGAUCCCAAAAGAGAAGCAAGCACAAGGCCCGGAGGAGACCACGAUCCAGCUCCUCCUCCUCUUCUUCCAGUUCUUCUAGCUCCUCUUCCUCCUCUUCCUCCUCCCCUUCCUCCAGCGAUGGCCGGAAGAAGCGGGGAAAGCACAAGGACAAGAAGAGGAGGAAGAAAAAGAAAAGGAAGAAGCUGAAGAAGAAAUGCAAGGAAAAGGCAGAAGUGCAGCAGGCUGAGGCUCUGCCAGGCCCCUCGCUGGACCAGUGGCACAGAUCAGCGGGGGAGGAAGAGGAUGGCCCAGUCCUGACGGAUGAGCAGAAGUCCCGCAUUCAGGCCAUGAAACCCAUGACGAAGGAAGAGUGGGAUGCCAGGCAGAGCAUCAUCCGCAAGGUGGUGGACCCCGAGACGGGACGAACCAGGCUCAUCAAGGGAGACGGAGAGGUCUUGGAGGAGAUCGUAACCAAAGAACGACACAGAGAGAUCAACAAGGUCACAACUGUUGAGAGCCCCGGCACUGGGGCCAGGUGGCCUGGGUGGGAGGCCUGGCUCUGGCUCGAAGCUGUGUCCCCUGUGAAGCCGAGAGGCUGGCAGCACCUGUCUCAAGGGGCGGCUGCGAGGACGCACUGAGUUCCUGCCGGAGGGAGGGGCUGGGAGCAGGCCCGGCCCAGAGUCACCCCACUCGGGUCUGUUGCUGUCACUGAGCAGCUGGCAUCAGGGAUUGGGAAGGGCGGCCUCUCCCCACCACAGCAUUGGCGGUGGAACAGCCAUGCCCCCGUCCCUUGCCCCUACCCGAUAUAC